AGAGAGCUGUAGUUGUCUUAAUGGACGAAGCUGGGUAAAUUUCUUCCAAGAAUUAUCCCAUUUCAUCCAUCAGUCUAUCAUAUAUAUUACGACGAAUUUGUGUUCAUUGGAUUUCCAAGUGCAUCUGUUGUGAACUAGCAUCUUUUGGUAGCCAUUCGUAAAACGCAUCCUGUGUAAUUCAGCUGACUAUUUUCUGUUGCUUUUCAAGCAUAGCAUAGCAACCUGCCUAAGAAAGAAAGUCGUUGAAUCAAAAUGGCUUGUGUUACUUUGAAGCGUAGUUUGGAAUUUGAUCCUGUGCACAGUCCCGGUGGUCGUACACCGAAACGAAGGAGAUGUAUGCCAAUUUGCAUGCCUCCAACAACUCCACCAACAAAGUGCCAUGAACCUUCUCCUUUUGGCGAUGUCUCUUCGAAGCUUACACCAGAGCAAAUCUUGGCGAAUGUUCGUGAGGAAGUUAAACGCUUUCAACGUCGUAAACAGCUUAAUUUCAGUCAAAAUCAAUCUCAGCACAUGAGCAGCCAGCAUCAAGACAGUUUGAUGUGUGAGAGCCCUACCAGUCCAGCAUCUCCUGCCUCAUGUCCUCGAUCACCUUCACCAUUGAUGGCCCUGGCUUCCUCCAAUAAUUUUGGUCAAAGCUGCUCAACUAAAGAGAAACCUUUGUUCACGUUUAAGCAGGUGAGCCUCAUCUGCGAAAGAAUGUUAAAAGAGCGCGAAACAGAAAUUCGCGAGGAGUAUGAUCGAGUAUUGACACUUAAACUCGCCGAGCAAUACGACGCAUUUGUUAAGUUUACUCAGGACCAGCUACAGAAGCGUUUCGAGGCCAAUUCGGCACCAUCUUAUUUGUCAUAAGAUUCAACAGGCGCAUAAACUAAAGCUUAUUUUUUAAUAAAUUCGUUUUUUUUUUUUUUUUUUUUCUAAUCGCAAUUCACCACGGUUAAUUGCGCAAAAUUUCCUCGCUCCUAACUUUACAUAUUCCCCACGCGCUAUGCACACGGGCAUGUACGAGCGCGCGUAAUGUUAUCAUCCGCUUAUUUGUAUAUGUAAAGAGAAGGGGAAAAAAUCCGCCGUCUGAUCUUCAAUGUGGUUUUGUCAUACAUUUGAAAAUUGUCGUAGCCGUGUAUUUCUUUGAUGCUCCAAACGUUAGCAAUAGAAAAAAACAUCCGAUUAGUUAAGAUUAUCUCGUGAGGUGAUGACAUCGAUGUUGCCAGUAUAUUGAUAUACCUUUUAACCCUGCGAUGAGAACACUUCCGAGUCUCGAAAGUAUCUGGAUUGAUGGUAGAGGAAACGUAGCAAUCGAAGUGAAAUGUGGAUGAGUGCCAAGUUCUAUCUUAUAUCCUCUGCAUGGUAAAGCCCAAGGGGAUUAUGUCCACAUUUACUACCUUUCCUAUUUGGUCGGAUGUCUUUCUAAUCUGAAUGAAAUAACUUGGCGUUGGUAUUUGUUUCGUUCCCUUUUUCUCCUAUUUUGUUUUCAAUUACAAGACUUUUGAUUGCGCGGAUCGAGGAAAAACAAUACACUUGGCUACCUCUUAA